AUGCUCUUACCGAACAAGUUAAUUUGCAACCCCCUCUCCCCCCACCCCCUCUCCCCCCCUUUCCCCCUUCCCCUUGCUCAUCGACUCACAAAUUGCCAAGAGCAUUUGACCCGACUUAAAGCCUCCCUCGCCCUCGCCUUCCCCUUCGUCACCCCACAGAUCGCUAAGGAGCUCAUUGUGCGAGCCAAGGCCAGUCUACGUGGCGCGACGCCCGCUGACGUGGCGGCUGGCGUGGCGCAGCUCUCCGCGGCGGUGGACCGCGCGCCGUGGCUGGCGGCGUCGCUGCAGGAGAUCCGCGCGCGCGCGCUGAUGCGCCUGCAGCGGUACGAGGAGGUGGUGGCGGUGCUGGCGGAGCGAUGGUGUGGCGUAGGGAAGGAAGGAAGUGCGCUGAUGCGCCUGCACCGGUACGAGGAGGUGGUGGCGGUGCUGGCGGAGUACCUGCCAGACCUGUCUACUGUGCACAACGCUAUGCACUGCGGUGAGUUGUGGUUCGUUCUUUUUAGCGAGUACAGACAGGCAAAGACGCUAGCAACGCCAAUGAGCGUUCAAAAGAGGUGUGCAUUGGUGAGGAACGGUUAUAAUUCGCCUCUCUUGUCCCCUUCCCUCUGUCUCUCUCCCUCCCUCUCUCGCCACCUCUCCCCUUCUCUUCUUCUCCUCCUGACAGCGGAGGACGAGAACAAGUCAGCCACGGACAUGUGGCAGUGUCUGCUACUGGGGCAGGCCACGUACCACCUGGGCUGGCUGGACGAGGCGCUCGUGCUCCUCAGACGCGCCAAGAGGCUCAGCCAGGCUGUAGCGCGCAAGGAGAGUGCAAUGAUGGACGAGGACCAGUUCCCAGUCUUCGACGCCUCCCACCCUGCAGCCAUGGCGCCUCUCUCCGCGUCCUCCUCAGCGGGGGAGACACUCAACCGCCUCAUUCUCGUCAUCCGCUUCCUGCUCUGGCGCCGCUCCGCUGGCGACGCUGCCUUUGCUGCCGGGCUCUAUCCGGAAGCUGUCCGCCACUACUCAAAGGUUCUCGAGUCCAAGAAGGGCAUUCCCCAGUCACUAGCUGCCUCUCUCUUCCUCCGCCGAGCUGCAGCCUUCCAAGCCUCCAGCCGCAUCGCCGAUGCUAUCGCCGACUGCUCCCGAGCCUCAGCCCUGGAGCCUCACCGAGCCGACGCGCUCUGGUGCCGAGCCUGCCUCUACCAGUCGGUCGGCUGCUUCCAGGAAGCUUCCCAGGACCUGGAGCGGCUCCUUUCGUUUUAUCAGGAGCUGCUGGCGUCAGCAGGAGGAGGCAGGGACCUGUGGUUACGGUUACAGAUCAGCUGCGGAUUCUGUGCUGCUUGCUUCUUUGACGAGGCUGUGAGCGGGUCAGCAAGGGCAGGGGCAGGGGGGGCGCCGGGGGCAGGGGCCGGGGUAGGGGCGCGGAGUGCAGGGGAAGCAGGGGAGCAGGUGGGGGCGGGGGUGGGGAAGAAGGGGGUGACCGGGAGGUGUACGCUGUGUGGGAGAGUUCGGUCUGCUAGGCUAGGCGCUGGUGACACAGGGCUGGUUGCAGCUUUGGAGCUCGGGCUUGGAGGAGAGAAGCGCAAGUUUGUCGGGCGGCAGAGGGGCCUUAGGCGGUGGUUUGCCAAUGCGGUUGUGCACGUUGGGAGGUGGUUGGUGGUGGUGGGGAGGGUGUUGGGAGUGGUGGCGCAGGAGGAGGAGGAUGAGGCGGGGUGGUGGCGAGAGCAGACGAACAUGGAAGUUGCGGAGAAGCAUCUUACGUGGGAGCACGUGCGGCGGGUGAAGGCAAAACUAGAGAAAGUGCGGGCAGAGGGGGCAGCAGCUGAAUCAGCAGCAGCAGCGGCGGCGGCGGCGGCAGCAGCAGGGGCGGAUGGUCAUGGAAUGGGAGCGGUGGGGAAGGGAGGUGAGGGGAGGGAGGGAGGGAGUGACGGGAGGGAUGUGAGGGAUGUGGCAGUUAGUCAGCGCAGACUGAUGGAUCAUGCUCGCAUCUUAGGCCUCUCCACCUCCACUGCUGCGUCUAUAGGCGCUCUCUCCUCCUCCCUCGCCCGCUCUCUCUCCCUCACAGGAGGAGCAGCAGCAGCAGGAGGAGGUGAGGGUGCUGGUGGGGGGUUGGGUAGUGCCCCGUCCUCUCUACCUCAAUCCCCCAGCUAUUCCCAGCAGCAGGAGCAGAGGGAGCAGCAGCGGGAGCAGCAGCGGGAGCAGAGGGAGCAGCAGAGGGAGGCGUUGCGGGAAGGGCUAGCAGCGUCCCUAGCUCUAGCUGCCUACCGCAUUGCUCUCAUCCGCAACUCAGAGGCGCGCGCCCUCACGUUCGUUGAGAAGUGCGCUAUCAGGGACGGGCGGAGCUCUGAAGAGGUGAAAGACGAGGUGAUGCAUGAGUGGGCGAGGCUAGAUGGCGUGUUACAGGAGGCUUAUGCCCAGCUGAUACAGGCCACGGGAGGGAACAAGGACUCUGCUGCUGCUGCCGCUGCUGCUCUGCAGGUUCAUGACUUGGAUGACUUGGAUGGAGACGAUGGGGAAGGGGAGGGGGAUGGGGAUGGGGAUGAGGAUGGGGGAGCGGAGUGGGGGGAAGGGGAGGGGGAAGGGGAGGGGGGGGAUGCGGAGGGGCGGAUGCGGCGACGGGGGGAGAGAAGGAAGCUGUUUGGAAGGAGGCUUCCUGGUACGCCUAGUUUUAAUCUGAGGAGAGGUGGGGAUGAGAUGGACGUUGGGCGGAUGCUGAGGGGGAAGUCAAAGGUGUGGGAGAGGGGGUCGGGGAAGAGAGGAGGAAGGGAGGAGAUGGAGGGGAAAGGGGAGGGCGGAGAUUGGUGGAGGAAAGGAAGGAGGGAUAAGAAGAUGAGGGAUGAGCGGGGGUGGAGGGAGAGGGAGGAGAGGAGGGAGCGGGAGCAGGAUUCGAUGGGUAUGAGUCCGAAGCUGCACUCGUUUCGGAUGGAGAGAUGGGUGGAGGAAGGGGCAUCGAUGGAUGGAAUGCGGUUGGAUUCGUUUGACUUCGGUGUGGUUGGGGAUGUGUUUGGGGGACUGGGCAGUAGGAUGAAGAUAUGGAAGAAAAAGGAGGGGGUGCGGACGGGUGGUGGGAAGGAGAAGGAAGGGAGGGAGGAGGAGAAGGAGGAGAAGGGGGAGAAGGGGAGGGAGAAGGAGAGGGAGAAGGAGAAGGAGCGAAGAAGGAGGAAGAAGUUGGGUGUGGGAGAUUUGCUUGGUGAGGAGGAGGAUGAUGAGGUGGAGCAACGGUCCAGAUUUGGUUUCGGGGUGCUGGCGUGGGAAAGAGAGAAGGAUAAGGAGAGGGAGCGGGAGAAGGAGAGAGAGCGGAUGGAGCGAGAGCGGGAGAAAGCAGAGAGGGAGAGGGAGAAGGAGAAGGAGCGGGCAGAGAGGGAGCGAGAGAAGGAGCGGGAGAGGGCUGAGAGAGAGAAGGAGAAGGCAGAGAGGGAAAGGGAGAGGCAGGAACGGAAGGAGAGGGAGCGGGAGGAGAGGGAGGAGCGGCGGGAACGCGAGCGGGCUGUGAAGAAAGAGAAGGAGAGAGAGCGGCGAGAGAGGAGGGAGAGGAGGAAGAAGCUGCAAGGAUCAGCGGAAGACAUACCAGGGGAAUUCAAGGAGGACGUGGAAGGGAAGGAGAGAGCGAGAGAGAGGGAAGAAGGCCGUCCGGAUACAGCAGGGGCUGUCGUGCAGAGAGCAGGGGAAGCGGGCGGUGAGCGAGAGAUUAGGGUUAGGGGCAGGGUGGCGAGUAUGGGGAGGGAGAGUGAUAGUGAGGGUGAGUAUGAGCGGGAGCAGUGGCACCCUGGCGGAGGUGAUUCUAACGAAGGGGCUGAUUCGUUUGUGGAUCGGUUGGUGGUGCAUGAAGGGGGGAAAAUGGGGGGAGAGAGUGACACGGAGUGGGGGAAAAUGCGGGAGUGGGGGAGGAUGCGGAAGUGGGGGCGGAAGAGGAGGGGAGGGGGAGCAGGAGGGGGGAGGAGGGAGAGUGAUAGUGAGAGUGACGCAGAGAGUGAUAGGAGGUUCAGGGGAGGGAGUGGGGAGUGGCUUAGAGGGACAGCCAGUGCAGGUGUGGGAGGGGGAGGUGUGGGAGGAGGGAGUGAGAGUGAUAGUGAUCGUGAAGGGGCGAGUGAGAGUGAGAGGAUAAAUGAGCUGAUUAUGGGGGAGGGGCCGCUUGGAGGGGGGUUGACAGGGGAGGGCCAGUUGGGGGGGCUGCCAGGAGUGGGAGCGGCAGGAGGAGAAGCAGGAGCAAGCGGAGCAGGAGGGGCAGCAGGAGCAGCAUUAGCAGGAGGAGCAGCUGACGUGGCAGGUGGUCCGGGCUCAUUCCCCUCCUUCCCUUCUCUCUCAGACACGCUGACGUCGACAGGACAGAGUGAGGAAGCUUCCUUUGCAACUUCUGAAUCGUCAAGUCUCGGGGGUGUGGAGGAGGAAGGGGAGGGAGAGCAGGCGGAGUUUCUGUUGGGAGGUGAGAUGGGGGAGAGAGGAAGGCCAGACAAGGGAAGGGCAGAGAGGGUGGGAGAAGCAGGAGGGGAUCAGGAACAGCAGGGGAUGGAGCAUUCGGCAGCUGCGGCUGCAGGGGCAGGAGGGGGUGGUGUGGGCCGUGCAGCUUCAUUCUCAUUCUACAACCAGGUCCCAAUCACACCAGGCGAUUCCACCACUCCAGCUGCUGCCGCUGCCGUUGCCACAGCAGCUGCCACAGCUGCCGCUGCUGCGGCUACUGGAUCUUCCAUAGGUCACGCUACCCCUGCCUUGUCCCAUUCCUCCUCUUCUUCCUCCUCCCCGUUAACCUCUCUUUCCACUCUUCCGUCUGCUGGUACUCCCUCCUCUUCCACCUACACUCCUUCUGGCCCUUCUUCUGCUGCUCCCACCACUCUAGAACGGCUGCUGAUUGGUAAGCCUUCGACUCCACCUUCCCGCACGCUUUCGUCCUCCAUUCCGUCCUCUGUAUUGGCUGCUUCGUUAUCAGGCAGCCCGAUGGGAGGGAAGAAGGAGAAAGAGGAAGGGUUCACGCCUAAGUGGGGUCCGUCCUCCUGGGCACGUGGGGGGCGGGAGAAGGAUAAGGAGAGGGAUAGGGAGAAGGGCGGCAGGGAGAAGGUGAAGGAGAAAGAUAGGGAGAAGGGAGGGAGAGAGAAGGAGAGGGAGAGAGGCGAGGAGAAGGGAGGGCGGGCGUGGGAGAGGGGGAGGGAUGGGAGUGUGGGGAGGGAACGUGGAGGGGAGGAAGGAGGGGGGGAGGAGAAGAGGGAGCAUAAGGAGAGGGAGAGAGGAGGAGGAGAAGGGUUACAAAGGCAAGAUAGCCAAGAGGCAGACACUGGUAGUGAAACUGGUGCUGGUGGUGCCUCCUUUGCUGCCAUUUCUGAUGGUGCUGCCAGUGUUGGUGGUGCUGCCGGUGUUGCAGCUGGAGGUGGUGGUGGUGCUGCUGCUGCUGCUGCUGCUGCUGCUGCCGCUGCAGCAGCAUCGUCCUUCACUGAUGAUGCGCCAAUUCCAUCCAAGCCACGAUCCCGUUCGGCGAUGGAGGAAGAAUCGAAGCAUAAAGGCGCCGCAGCUGCAGCAGCAGCAGGAGGAGGAGGAGAAGGAGCAGGAGGAGAAGGGGGAACAGGAGAAACGGGAGGAACCAUGAGGCGCAGUAAGAGUGCUAAGGGAGUUGGUCCUGGUGGUGCUAGUGGUGGUAGUGGUAGUAGUGGAGGGUCGGCUGGUGGAGGGGGGGGUAGUUCCAGUGCGGGUGGGAGUGGGGGAGGUGGUAUUGGGAGCAGUUUCUUUGAAGCUGCACAGAAGGGCGCGGGUGCGGGAAUAGGGCUGGGUGUGGGAGCUUUGCAGUCUGUAGGAGCGCUCAAGUUUCGACGGAAAGUGGAUGAGAAAGGGGAGGGGAGAGCAGGGGAGGAAGGCGGGAGAGAGGGAGGAGAGGGUGGGAGGGAGGGGCGAGAAGGGAAGGGUAGGCGAGAAGGGAAGGAGGCGAGGGGUCAGAAGGAAGUGGGCGAGGGGAUGGAAGGGGAGGAGGAGGAGGAGAAGAGGAAGAGUGAGAAGAAGGGCGAGAAGAAGAGACAUGGGAAUGUGUUCAAGAUAGGGGGGUUACUGGGAGGAGGAGGGAGUGGGGGGGGUAGCAGCCUUGGUAGUGGCAAUACGGGUAACAGCAACAACAGCAACAGCACUGGCAGUGCUGGUGACGUGGCUACAGUCUCCCCAACAGCUGCCACCUCAGCGUCUGUCUUUGCCAUGUCAGCGCAGACAUCUGCCUCUUGGGAAGGUUCCGGGCAGGAACCGGGCGUUCUUAGCCCCCACGAAGCUCCUCUUGCUGCCACGUCAGCAGCAUUCGCAGCAACAGCAGCAGCAGCAGCAGCAGCAGCAGCAGCAGCACCAGCAGCGGGGGGUGCACAUAUGCAAUCAGGCGAGUCAACUGGGCUAGGAGCAGCAGCAGUACCCCUCCUCUUAGCCGAGCCCGGGGCAGGCUUGACUGGGGAGGGCUUUACUGUAGGUGCAGUAACCAAUCCCGAAAUCACUCUAAAGCCAGGAUUGUUGGCAUUGGCGACAGGGGCAGGGAGGGGAGGGCUCGGGGCCGGGCUUUUACACGAGCAAGGGGGAAGGGUUAAAGAGCGGGAACGGGAUAGUAGUCCUCCCAGGCCCAGCCCCCACAGAGGAAAUAUCUUCUCAGUGCCUGGGAUUAGACUGAGAAAGGACCCGAAUAGAGAGAGGGACAAGGAGAGGGAGAGUGGGGGUAAGGGGGAGGGUGGUCGGGAGGGGGGUAAGGAGGGCGGGGAACGGGACAGGCCUCUUGUUACCGCAGCUAUGAAUCUGGUUCGGAUGGAAGGUUUGGGAAGGAAGGGGCCGAGCAAGUCAGGGCCGAUACUGCUGGGCUCGUAUGGGUCGUCUGCAGCAGCUGUAGCAGCCGUAGCACCGGCUGUAGCGCUAGCAUCAGCACCUGCGCUGGAACCUGCAGGGUCGGUUUCGUCUCCCCAUGCCGCAGCAGGAGCAGCAGGAGUAGCAGGAGCCCCAGGUAGCUCAAGCCUGGAGGACAGCUCAAGUGAAGGCAAUAGGCUGGGCGGUGAUUCUUCUGCUGCUGGUGCUGCGGAUGGUGCUGGUGUGGUUCGUGUUGCUGCUACUGUUACUGCUGCUGCUGCUGCUGCUGCUGGUGCUGCUGCUGGUGCUAGUGGUGGGGUUGAUCACCUGACCAUUCGAACUGGUGCUUCGCCAGGUGGAUUCUCAGGUGAAUUCAACGCGAUCGUGUCUCCGACCACGCCACCUGAGCCACACUUCAGCCACCCCCACUCCCUCACUCCCCCACUUCCGGAAGUAGAGGAGGGGGAUGAGGAGGGGGCAAUAGGCGGGGAGGGAGAGGAGGGGGAGGAGUGUGGGGAGGGCGAAGGGGGGGAGGCGGCAACACCGAGUGCAGUGGAAGGGAGGGGCGCCAAGAAAAUGGUGGCUCAGGCUGUGUUGGGAGGGCUCAAGAAGGGGCUGAGAACAGGGUCUCAGCUGGGGAAGAAAAUCGCUGCUGCCACUAUGAGCCCCCAGAGGUGUUUGUUCUGUGAGAGGGCUCAAGAAGGGGUUGAGGACGAGGUCACAGCUGGGAAAGAAGCUUGCUGCUGCCACCAUGAGAAGUCAGAGGUGAGUUGA